GCAGGCGCUGGCAGCCCCGUUCUGCAGUGGGUCGCCUGGGCCUCCGGGAGAGGGGAUGUGAGUGGUUGGUUCUGCACCCCCACUCUUGUCGGAGGCAUGGGCGGGGGAGGGGGGAGCUGCCUCUGUGAAUGUCCCCGGGGACCCUUGCCCUUUCUGGCUUCCCCUGCAGCUACCAUCUGUCUGGAGGGAGGGACUGGCGCGGUGGCCGCCCGGGCUGCCCAGGAGGAAUUAAAACCCCAGCAUAAACUGUGGCCCCGCCUCCCUGGUCUGUGCCAGCAGGACUUGGAGCUAGGACACCUAGUCCUGGUCAGCUGAGUGUGGAAAUUGAGCGAUUUCUGCUGUAGCCUCGUCCAUGGGCCUUCCAGGUCAUACAACUCACAAGUAGGGAGCAGGGAAAGAGAGAGCGCCUGCAUGCCAAUUCUAAGCUCUUCAGGAUCAAAUGUCGUUCGUCCUGUCCAGAAUGGCAGCCUGUGGAGGCACCUGCAAGAACAAAGUGACUGUCUCCAAGCCCGUGUGGGAUUUCCUGAGCAAGGAGACCCCAGCCCGGCUGGCGCGGCUUCGGGAGGAGCACCGUGUGUCCAUCCUCAUAGAUGGCGAGACUUCCGACAUCUAUGUCCUUCAACUUUCCCCGCAAGGCCCACCCCCAGCCCAGCCCAAUGGGCUCUAUCUGGCCCGGAAGGCUCUCAAGGGGCUGUUGAAAGAGGCCGAGAAGGAGUUGAAGAAAGCUCAGAGGCAGGGGGAGCUUAUGGGCUGCGUGGCUUUGGGGGGUGGAGGGGAGCACCCCGAGCUGCACCGCCCAGGCCCGCCCCCUCUUCGAGCAGCCCCACUCCUGCCCCCAGGGGCACGAGGGAUCCCCCCUCCUCCCCCUCCUCUGCCUCCCCCUCUCCCUCCACGCCUUCGGGAGGAGGCCGAAGAGCAGGAGAGCACCUGCCCCAUCUGUCUGGGAGAGAUCCAGAAUGCCAAGACAUUGGAGAAGUGCCGGCACUCAUUCUGCGAGGGCUGCAUCACCAGGGCCCUGCAGGUGAAAAAGGCCUGCCCCAUGUGCGGCCGCUUCUAUGGGCAGCUGGUGGGCAACCAGCCCCAGAAUGGGCGGAUGCUGGUCUCUAAGGACGCCACCCUCCUACUGCCCAGCUACGAGAAGUAUGGCACCAUUGUCAUCCAGUACGUCUUCCCACCUGGUGUCCAGGGGGCUGAACACCCAAACCCAGGUGUUCGGUAUCCUGGUACCACCCGGGUGGCCUACCUCCCCGACUGCCCUGAGGGCAACAAGGUGCUGACCCUGUUCCGAAAGGCAUUUGAUCAGCGCCUCACCUUCACUAUCGGCACGUCCAUGACCACGGGGAGACCGAAUGUCAUCACCUGGAACGACAUCCACCACAAGACCAGCUGCACAGGGGGACCCCAGCUGUGCGACACCCCUUCAUUCCCCUUCCUUAGGCUCCUCCCCCCUUUUGAUCCAGUACAUCCAGGAAGCCAGUCAUGCCCCUCACUCAGUGAGCCCCCUAACUGGAGAGGACCACUCCCCCAAACUUCAGCUGUCUUCCCAACCCAGUUUUGCUUGCGAGCAUUCCCCCUGGUCCUGAGGGCCCAGUUUACUAAAUAAGCCACCUUGAGCUGAGAGUCAUCUUGGGUUAGAAGUCUUCCCUGCCCCCAGAGGAGGUGGGGAGAGUCUGACUCCACUGAGUCACCCAGGAUGAGGAGGGGCAGCAAGCUCUAACAGUGGACCCUGAGCCUCAUCUCUCUUUGCCCUUAGGUUUGGGUACCCGGACCCCACCUACCUGACCCGGGUGCAAGAAGAACUGAGAGCCAAGGGCAUCACAGAUGACUGAAGGACGCCCCUUUGCCAAGGCCCCUGCUGUUGUCCUUCACUAGGACCCAAUGGACGCCUCUGUUCUCUCUCCCCCAGCCCCCACACCAUACUAGUAGGGGGUACCUAUCUGACUGGGAAGGGAGUUCAGAAUGCCAGAGGGCAACCCUACCCUUCUCCUCUUCCCCCUGCCCCCCAACCCCCACUGGCCAAGUGCUUCUGUGUCCUGUGAGCCACACCCUCCUGGCAGAGGCUGGUGGCCAAGACUCUGCUCACCACCCCUACCCCCACACCCCUGUACAUACUGCCAGCUUCCUGCGGAUCCAUUGCCCCUGGCUUUAUCUGCUAUGUGCUGUGCUCCAGUGACAAAGCUGAGAAAGGACCUGGGGGAGUUGAGGAGGGGUGUCUCCUGGCAUCCCCUCCCCCUCUGAGCUUCAGUGGCAGGGUGGGAGCUGCCAGUUGUGUGCCCAUCAGAUCCGCGCCUCCUUCCACGUUCCACCUUAACCCUGACCUUUCUCUGUGUGUGUGUGUCUAAGUCUCUGUCAGUCUGUCCCUUGCUCUUCUCUGCUCCCACCCCCACCCCUAUAAGGAGCCUCCUUACCCCUGUUCUGGAAUCACCGCCAGACUGUAGCUUUUAAUUUAAUAAAAAUAAAGUAAAAUAUGCAACUCUA